AUGUCGCAGGCCUUGCCUAUUCCAGGCACCACGAGCCUGGCUCUGAAUGUUAGUUCCUUGCGAUUCCACUCACGGUGUCCUUGCCGCCGCUCCAUCCUCCAUCUCCGCCGCUCAGAGCUGCGCCGCUUGGCCAUUGGCGCCGAUACGCACGUGGUCGUCUACGACUGCAGCGACUAUGGCGUCUUCUCUGCGCCACGCCUAUGGUGGACUCUGCGCUGCUUUGGCAUCAACAAAGUCUCCGUGCUCAACGGUGGUUUGCGUCGUUGGUCCAACCUCGGACUGCCCACCACAGACUCGGCCAGCGAGCCCACCCCCGCACCCUUGGACACGACGGAGAUGAAGAAUCCAGCUGAGCUGCGUGCCCUCUUUGAAGAAGCCGGUAUUCAGCUUGACCGACCGUUGGUCGCCACCUGCGGCUCUGGAGUUACGGCCUGCAUGCUCGCCUUUGGCCGCUACCUCGUCGACGGCACUGAAAUCCCCGUGUAUGAUGGCGCGUGGACUGAAUGGGCUAGUUCGCCACGAGAGCAAUGCCCCAUUGCCACUGAUGCCAAGUAA